AUGAGGAGGUUUCAGAACCUGCUGCUCGUUCUGUGCUAUGUGAUCCAGGUGUUUGUAUAUGAGGGACGAGGUGUAAAUAUUUUCUGCCCAUAUCAGCAAGGUUAUGAGGAUUAUGAAAAAUAUUUUUGUAAAGGCAACGUGUGGCGUUACUGUGACUUUCUUAUUAAAGCGUCACAAAAACGUACGAAUAAAUACUUCGUCCAUGAUGAUAAAAAGUUAAGGAUGUUGAAUGUGAAUAUUGCUAAUACUCGUCUUGAUGAUGCUGGAACGUACUGGUGUGGAGUGGAACGAAUAUUCAACGAUAUCGACACUGAAGUAAGACUGGGAGUAAUAAAAGACAGCUGCUGCGACAAUGUGACUAAAAUCCAAGGUGCAGAGGAAGGUUCAGUGUCCAUCAUCUGUCCGUAUGAGUCCAAGUACCUGAACAACCUGAAGUACAUGUGCAGAGGAAACCAGCGCUCCACGUGUCUGCAGCAGGCGCUGAUCACCUCUAACACCAGACACAACGGACGAGUCACACUCAACGAUGACAAGAAGUCAAACACAUUCACAGUGACCAUUUUCAAUCUGACCCUGGAGGAUUCUGGGUCGUAUCUCUGUGGUGUCCAAAGAGAAUCAGGACUGGAUGGUUUCUCUGCUGCUGAACUGGAGGUCAAAGGUGUUUUCAUUCGAUGA